GCCUGCUCCCUGUUUCGAGGCAACAUGCGCCUCCGGAGUUGCAGCGUCAUGCCCCUUUGCAGUCAUGGCGCGGUCCGCUCAUUCGGCAGUGUAUCUGUACGGUUUCCGAUGAGGCCGUUGCAUGCGCAUGGAGUGAAUGGCGUUGCCGGGUUUCUUAAAAGGUGUCGCUGUCGACGCCGGUUUCAUUCCUCUCAACCACGCAACGCCUUAUAUCGAAAUUGCAUGAACAUGGACGCCAGAAAGACGACACAUCGGUUGUGGAAUGUCAGCCGCGGCAUUGUGUUUGCCAGCGGCAGUAGUGUUGUCUAUCCUCGCUUGCCGCUGAUGAGGCACCAAAGCGCGCCGGCAAACUCAGUGACUGGUCCCGCCCAGGAAGGAUCGACUCUUUUGCCCACGGUGUUCUCCCUGGGUACUGCUCUCGACGAGCCUCCUGCUGGUCGUGGGGCUGGGAAAGCUCAGACCCGUGUGGCAACUGUCCGAACGUCAACUGGUACCACUAUCACAACCUCGACUCUGACCACUGCCACAGCGGUCACAGCCUCUUCCACAACAACUCUUGUCGCUGAGGGCGCCACCGAGGAUGCUCCGGCUGCCGUGGCCGGUGCUGCAGAGAAGCCCACGCCCAAAGUAAACGGUCCAAUAACCCCGCCAUUUACGCCCCUGGAUUUCAAGAUCCCAGACCAAGUAUUCCAGGCUGCAAGACAAGCCGCUGAGGAGACGCCAGAGUCUUUCUGGAAUUACCAGAUGUACCGAGGCCCAGGCGAGGAGGGUGCGCUUGACGCUAAGGUCAAAGUCCACUACUGCACUAGCUUGCACACGACGGAGCGCGUUCUCCAGCAGUACUUCAUGAAUGAGAAAGUGCUUGGCUUCGACUUGGAGUGGAUGGUCAAUGCGACAAAGAACUCGGGCGCGAGGAAGAACGUCUCUCUCGUGCAGCUGGCCAGUCCCAGCAGGAUUGGACUCUUUCACAUUGCCGCGUAUCCGAUGAGAACCACCGAUCUGGUCGCUCCGUCCCUGAAGAAAAUAAUGGAAGAUCCCGAAAUCACCAAGGUUGGCGUUUGCAUCAAGGGCGACUGCACGCGGUUGUCCGAGUUCUUGGGCAUCAAAACCCGAGGUCAGUUCGAGCUGAGUCACCUCUACAAGCUCGUCAAAUACUCCAGGAGCGGCGAAUACGGUCUCAUCAAUAAAAGGAUGGUUUCUCUGGCCACGCAGGUGCAGGAGUGUUUUGGACUGCCCAUAUUCAAGGGCAACGAUGUCCGUUCUGGCAACUGGUUUGGGCCACUGCAUAUGGACCAAGUCAAAUCCUCAGAUGCGGCAUCCGAUGCCUACGCGAACCUCCAACUCUAUGCCGUCCUUGACCACCAGCGGAAGAACCUCGACCCUGUGCCUCCACUCCCUCAUCACGCCGAACUCAAUAUUCCCAUCAGACUCGCUGACGGACCCCUUUUGACGGCCACGGACGAGCAGGCCCCCGGCGCCGACGCUGCAGGUCGAGACAAGCCCGGCCGCCCUGAAGACGAAGUCGGUGUUGUUGACCGCUCACCUGGCGCACGUGCCGUUAAACUUGUAGUCUAG